CGGGCUGCCUGCCGUCGCCGCCAUCGCCAUGAGUCAAGAUGACAGAUUUGCUUUCACUGCUGAGUGGUAUGACCCAAAUGCUUCACUCUUUCGGCGUUAUGAACUUCUGUAUUAUCCGAAAGAUGGAUCAGUUGAAAUGUAUGAUGUGAAGAACCGUCGCACUUUUCUGAAGCGCACCAAGUAUGAGAGCUUACACCUUGAGGAUUUAUUUGUGGGCAACAAAAUUACUGUUUUUUCCCGUCAUCUGUCCUUAGUGGACUAUGGGGAUCAAUAUACAGCCCGCAAGCUGGGGAGCCGCAAAGAGAGAACGCUGGCUUUGAUUAAACCUGAUGCAGUGCCCAAGAUUGGAGACUUAAUUGAUAUCAUUAUUAAUGCAGGAUUUACAAUAACUAAGGCCAAAAUGAUGGUGCUUUCAAGAAAAGAAGCAGCUGAUUUCUAUGUAGACCAUCAAUCAAAACCUUUUUAUAAUGAGCUUCUUCAGUUUAUAACGAGUGGUCCCAUUGUUGCUAUGGAAAUCUUAGGAGAUGAUGCAGUUUGUAAAUGGAAAACAUUACUGGGGCCAGCAAACUCUGCAGUGGCUCAGACUGAUGCACCAGACAGCAUUAGAGUGAACUUCGGACAUGAUGGCCUAAGAAAUGCAGCUCAUGGCCCAGAUUCUGUUGCUUCAGCUGCUCAAGAGCUGGAGUUGUUCUUUCCCUCCAGUGGAGGUCGUGGACCAGUCAACAGUGCAAAAUUCACAAACUGUACUUGUUGCAUUAUUAAACCUCAUGCGGUUAAUGAAGGGCUAGCUGGAAAGAUUAUAAAAGCCAUCAUAAAUGAAGGAUUUCAGAUCUCAGCUUUGCAGAUGUUCAACAUGGAGCGUGCAAAUGUGGAAGAAUUCUAUGAGAUUUACAAAGGUGUCGUCGCUGAAUACGUGGAGAUGGUUACAGAGUUGUGUUCAGGCCCUUGCAUAGCAAUGGAGAUUACACAACCCGAGCCUCCAAAAGUGUUCAGAGACUUCUGUGGUCCUUCUGACCCUGAAAUAGCCCGUCAUCUCCGACCUGGAACUCUGCGUGCUGUCUUUGGGAAGAACAAGAUUCAGAAUGCUGUCCACUGCACAGACCUACCUGAAGAUGGACUUCUGGAGGGACACCUUCUUAGCCCUUUCUUGGAUGACCACCAUGACUCCUGAUCUGUAUUGUCUCUAUAGUGAGCUUGUGUGGGGCUUGGAAUAUUACAGGCACUAGGGAUUCAAAUUCUCCAGGUAGGGUCCAGGUUUAUUUCUAGACAGUCAUAAUUAUGCACAUCAGUUGGUAUUUCCUGUGUUUUAUAUUAACU